UCCGGGCUGCACUUGUUGAUCUCCGUUCCGAGGCAGCGGGUGGAAGCACCGGAGCUUUCCUUUGUGUCUGCACGGAGAACGGGCUGGGGGCGGGGGCAGACGCGGCUCCGGCGCUGGCUGUAGGCAGGAGUGAGGAGCCGCAGCCGAGGGAAGGCCUUGGAAAGCUUCCUGCCGAAGGAUACGAUUUACCUCGUUUCCCUUCCCCUCCCCCUGGGCUCCGUGGACAGCCGGGAGCGCCGCCGCCAUCCCUCCGCCUUGAGGCUGCCCGCGGGGGGAUGCGAGCGGGGCCGCCCCUGCCGCCCGCCCCGCCGCAGGAUGUAGCCGCCCUCGGCCCCGCACACCCCGCACCGCCUCGCUGGGAGCCCGCAGGAGGAGCUCUGGGGCAUGGAGGGGAAGGAGAGGUGAGCAGAGCCGGCCCCCGCGCCCUGCCCCGCGCCGCACCUUGGAGCGUCCAGCCUGAGGGGGACCAGCGAUGCCUCUGGGGAUGAACAAGCAUGGAUCUCGCUCUACUACCUCUUUGCCUCCGGACCCCACUGAGAUCGUCAGGAGCAAGGCCUGCUCCCGAAGGGUCAAGCUCAACGUGGGGGGGCUGGCCCACGAGGUUCUCUGGCGGACCUUGGACAGGUUGCCGCGGACCAGGCUGGGUAAGCUCAGAGACUGCAACACACACGACUCCCUCAUGGAGAUCUGUGAUGACUACAACCUGGAGGAGAACGAGUACUUCUUCGACAGGCAUCCCGGGGCAUUCACCUCAAUCUUGAACUUCUACCGUACUGGCAAGCUGCACAUGAUGGAGGAGAUGUGCGCCUUGUCCUUCAGCCAGGAGCUGGACUACUGGGGGGUGGACGAGAUCUACCUGGAGUCCUGCUGCCAGGCCCGCUACCACCAGAAGAAGGAGCAGAUGAACGAGGAGCUGAAGAGAGAAGCUGAGACCCUGAGGGAAAGGGAAGGGGAGGAAUUCGAUAACACUUGCUGUGCUGAGAAAAGGAAAAAGCUCUGGGACCUCCUGGAGAAGCCCAACUCUUCCGUAGCGGCCAAGAUUUUGGCAAUCAUUUCCAUCAUGUUUAUUGUACUAUCUACAAUUGCCUUGUCCCUUAACACACUUCCUGAACUACAAGGCGUGGAUGAAUUUGGGCAGACCACAGAUAACCCCCAACUUGCCCACGUGGAAGCAGUGUGCAUUGCAUGGUUUACAAUGGAAUACCUCCUGCGGUUCCUCUCCUCGCCUAAGAAAUGGAAGUUUUUCAAAGGCCCCCUGAAUGCUAUAGAUUUGCUGGCUAUCUUACCCUACUAUGUCACUAUCUUCCUCACUGAAUCCAACAAAAGUGUACUUCAGUUCCAAAACGUACGACGAGUGGUCCAAAUAUUUCGGAUUAUGAGGAUACUCCGGAUUCUAAAGCUCGCCCGGCACUCAACGGGUUUACAGUCCUUGGGGUUUACACUCAGGAGGAGUUACAAUGAGCUUGGAUUACUCAUCUUGUUUUUGGCCAUGGGCAUUAUGAUCUUUUCCAGUUUAGUGUUUUUUGCAGAAAAGGACGAGGAUGAUACAAAAUUCAAGAGCAUCCCAGCUUCCUUCUGGUGGGCAACAAUCACCAUGACAACAGUAGGCUACGGAGACAUCUACCCCAAAACUCUUUUAGGUAAAAUAGUAGGAGGACUGUGCUGCAUUGCUGGUGUGCUGGUGAUUGCUCUUCCCAUCCCAAUUAUUGUCAAUAACUUCUCUGAGUUCUACAAAGAGCAGAAGAGGCAGGAGAAAGCCAUUAAGCGCAGGGAAGCUCUUGAAAGAGCAAAAAGGAAUGGUAGUAUUGUUUCCAUGAACAUGAAGGAUGCGUUUGCCCGCAGCAUAGAACUCAUGGACAUUGUGGUUGAAAAGAAUGGAGAAAGCAUAACCAAAAAGGAUAAAGUUCAGGACAAUCAUUUGUCUCCCAGCAGAUGGAAAUGGACCAAGAGAACCCUUUCUGAAACUAGCUCUAGUAAAUCUUUUGAAACUAAGGAACCAGGAUCCCCAGAAAAAGCCAGGUCAUCUUCAAGUCCCCAGCACUUGAACGUCCAGCAGCUUGAGGACAUGUACAACAAAAUGGCAAAGACUCAGUCCCAGCCGAACCUUAACACUAAAGAGUCGAGUCAACCUGGAAGGCAAAAGGAAGAGCUGGAAAUGGAAGCCCUUCCCGGCCCUAUGGUGCCCCUGCUGACAACUCGCACUGAUGGGAUCGUUGACAUGAGGAGCAUGUCCAGCAUCGACAGCUUCAUAAGCUGUGCGGCAGAGUUCCCUGACACCGGGCGGUUCUCCCACAGCCCGCUCACCACCCUGCCCUGCAAGGGUGGCAUUAACGUCAUUCAGGAGCAGAGCAGGCCAGAGGGGAGCGGUGCCAGGUACGUGGAAAUGAACCCAAGCUCCGAGGGCAGCCACCGUUCUGCUUUUUUCAUUGAAAGUCCCAAAAGCUCCAUAAAGGCCAGUAACCCUUUAAAACUAAGAUCUCUGAAAGUCAACUUCAUGGAAGAGGACACCAGCACAUUAGUACCAGCAUCAAAUGUACUGAGGAUAUAUCCAGACUCUCUCAAGAGCCGGGGAGCUGCUGCUGCCACAGAUACUUCCUUACUCUCUGACAGAUCUCUCAUGAGCCCCGAAACCUCAAUCUACACAACCGCGAGCGCGAGAACUCCCCCAAAGUCGCCGGAGUCACAGGCAGCCAUAGCUUUCAACUUCCACGAUGCUGGUAUUCACAAAUACAUAGACGCUGACACUGAUGACGAAGGUCAGCUGAUGUACGAUUCAAGUCCGCCCGGAAAUGUGAGUCCCAAGUACAAUGUUACAAACAGUGGCUAUCUAAAGCAAAAGGACCAUGUUUAUAGAACAGAGAAGAACCAUCUAGAAGCUGCUGCUUUACCCACCUCCCCUAAGCUGAUAGGGCAGAACUGCAUUUACUCUAUGGAAGGUAUCACUGGAAGAACCCAGGGCAAUCAGGAGACUGUCAGACUAGAAAAUCACAUUUCCCCAGAAGUCCAUGUAUUACCAGGCAGUGGAGGACAUGCUAACACACAUGAUCAAAGCAUCUGAGGUGGGCUACAAAAGAACUUACUGAAAGUUUAAAGGAAUGUCUUUACAGUCAACACAAACAAAAGAGCUUCUGCAUGGCAUGAACUUGGCUGAAACAAGCCACUUGUUUCUAAAAGUCUGGGGGAGGUCCAGUGUGGGUUUGUGAAAAUGUCCUUCUCUGAAACAACUCUAAAGACAUUGCCCACAUCAGUCAAAAGUAAGGAUUGCAAAUCAUGAUCACACAUUGAUCUCCUUUCAUGUUGUCCAGUGAAGCCAAUGUGACCAAAUAUCCAUCCAUUCCCCUUGAACGCUAGAGCUCCUUUUGGAAAUAUUAACAUCUGAUUUGCAUUAGUUCCAUAAAGGAUGCCAAGGCAGCCAGAUUUGAACUCUGGAAUAAAUUGCUGGGGUUGGUAUAAAGCUUUCAAAAACACAAUGCUCACUGCUUCAGGGCAGCUGUUCCCCAUCUACAGCUUUCUCUGAUGGAUAUUAUGUCUAAAGGUAACAGGGAACACUUGCAUUAUUGGAAAAUCCGAGUGAAAACCAUUUUAAACAAAUAAUGGUCUAGAGAAACCAAUUAUUAAAAUGCUCUGUGUGUGUUUAACAAUCCGAUAUCCUGUAGGACCUGAUGUUUUCUUUUGAAAUAUCAGCAGGGUGAGUUGCACCACUUGUAUCUAAUCCCAAACAUCCCCUAGGACAUAGUGAAACUUGCACUGACCCUCUGCUAAAAGCCGGUACCUGCCCCAGGGCCAGCGCGUGGCCCUCGGGGGCCCACAGCCCACGUGGGAAGGUGUGAAGGAGCCAUGCAGAAGCAGGACUCCCCAGGGGGCACCGCAGCCAGACCCCCUUCCCGGUGCCGGGGAGCGCAGGGCUGGAAGGAGAGCUCGGCUCUCGCCCUCGGUGGGGAGGGAGAUGUGGCUGCGCUGCCCGCGGGGACGGUGAGCGCGGCCAGGCCCUCGGCACGUGCCGGGGGCGCCGGGAUGGAUGUUCAACCUCCCCUUCCCGCCAGCCAGAGUCUCGCCCUUGGCGUAGGAGAGGAACAGGUUGGUCCGAAGCUUUUUGCGCCCGAGCAGCGCAGUGAAAGAUAUGCAAGUGUUACAUAAAUAUGCAAAAAGAGGGAUUCAUUAGUGACCUGUCCUGGGCCUGGCUGUGCUCCCUCUCGCCAGAAGGUUGGACAGGAGAGGCUCCUGCAGAGCCGUGGCGUGAAGCAGCUGCGAGAGGCAGGAGAAUCAGGCCUGACGUUUUAAUAACAUCCAGUCAUUUUUAAGUGAAACAAGAGGAAAAAAAAAAAAAAGAAAAAAAAAAAAAAAAAAAAAGAUCUGACCAUUUUAAGUGAACAGAACUAGCAGCCACCAGCCUAGGUUUUUAAAAUAUUAUUGUUUCAAUAAAGUUAUGUCAAAUUGUGUAGGAAAUAAUUUGUCUUUGGUUUUUAAUCUUGGGGGGGGGAAAAGCACUUUACGUUGACUUUUUGUUGUCGUUGUUGCAAUGCUGGAGUAGGAUAGCAGAGUGUAACAAUCAAGCACUUUAACCAAGCACUACUUUAAUUUGUGCCUCCUGUUGUGACUGUGAUUUGUUACACACCUGUAGCAAGUCACAACCUGUCCUGUGAUAACUGUGAUGGUAAUCUUUUCCGUUGUUCUCUGUUUCUACUGUAAAACUCAACUGUAAAUAACUGUCAAUGAGCGUUUCCUGACCUAUUCUGAGUUCCUGCCGGGGCGUGUAGCGAUCUGCAGGCAGCAGGUCCGGGGACGAGCUGAGACACGGGACGCGGGAGCGGAGGCACAGGUGGGAGGAAGACCCCCCCCCCAAGCCGCUCAAGUCCACUGCGUUUUGUUCCUUCCUAUUGUAAAACCAAGCCGUUGGUUAGUCCUGAAUGUACCGUCUGUCCGUCCAGGCCGUGCCGCACUCCUGUCUGUAACCCUAGUGGUGAAUGCAGCAUGUACGGACAAAAGCAAUAAGCACAUAACCUGUUUUAGCAACUACUGUGGGUUGCGGUGAGAGCUUUGUUAGGUGUCUCCUUGGCACAAGCUGUCCACGCGGUGGAGUGACUCUGCUCUGCUCAGCCAACCCCGGGCGGUGGGACCAGCCGAGGGACCCGCUCAGAGCCGCCCUGGCAAGGCGAGACCCUGGGAAGGCGCGAGUAAGACCUGAGCCACCCCCUCGGGAAUUGCCCUCUGGCAGCGAGACACCUCGUGCCACACAGAGAGUGACGCGGAAGGUACCCAGAGAGAAGCCCCAGGCACCGUGUACUCCACAGGGUAUUUACACAGGGCCAGUUCCUGAGGUUUGUUCGCUUUUACUCCGCCUUCCCGCAGCCUAAACCUCUGCUCCUCUGAGUGGGCUCUUUGCCUGGUGAAGGACUUUAGGAUUUGGCCAUAGUAAAUACAAGUGUACUUAGAGGAACCGACGUGUUGCUGAGAUCCUAGUUAAGAUUGAGUUGACAUGAAAAAGUAAAGUGACUUUCCAGCAGAUAAGCUUUAAAUACUGAUUUAUUCUGUGGCUUUCUGAGGCCACGAAGCAGCAUCGAGAAAUCUUAAGGAGAACAGUCUUAACAUAAUCUCUGUGUUUCAGUGAUCGUUCAUGUCUGCCAUCUGCACAAAUGUAAAAAGAAGAAAAAUCAGGGAAAAUUUUUUUGAUAAAGUAAGUAAUAGCGAUUUCCAAGUUAAAUAUUUUUAGAGCUGAUGCUUUCAUGUGGAAAAAAAAGUCAUAUUUUACAUAUCACAAAAGUGAACAUAUUUAAAUAUAGCCAUAUAGUGUAGUAUUUACCGCACUCUCAUCCAAAUUGAUGUAUUUGGUUUAUAGAUGGCACUGACAAAAAUGUAUAGAUCAACAAUUCUAUCAUUUUUUAUCUGAUAAUCAACUGGUGCAACUCUCCUUGUAACCAAAGGCCCUCUGUCUGCCUUGUGUGAUAGCUCAUGACACACACCUUAUGUCAUCUAUUUAGUCCUACCUUUAAAGUAGCAUUUUAUUGAGUCACUUUUGAAAGCCAAAUUCAAAAGUAUCAUUAAAAAUCUACCUUUUAAGUCUGAAUAGCCAAAGUCCUAUAGAUUUCUUAUAGAAAGCAAAUAAUUAAAAAUUAAGCAUAUAAUAUGCUUGAAGAGCAUUUCUUUCUUAUUUGUGUAUGAAGAUGUAGCUCUCAUUUUGUGCCCAAUUAAAAAGGAAGUAUGUUUAAUUUAUUUUAAUGAAAUAAAGUCUGAAUAUGAAAUAUGUAUCUAUAUAUGUGUGUGUGUGCAUAAUACACAUAUAUAUAAUGUAAGCACUGGGAAAUCUACUCUGACCUAAAGCUUUGAUAGACUAAAUCUGUACUCAUUGCAAAGGAAAGGCAGUGCUUUGAAAACAUAAUGCUCACCAAAUCCUAUAGGCCCUAGAAAGACAAUUUAAUUUUAUAGUUUGUUUGAUCCACGUUUCCCAAAGUUCAUAACAGUUGGGGAAAAUAGGUAGUAUCUCCUGCAUCAAGCUAAAGUGUGCAGUUUAAUCACUGAUAUUUGGCAUUCAGGUCUGCAGAUUUACUGUGCACCAUGUAUCAAGCAAGCUGACAGAGCCUCACCUGCUGCUGCAGAAGACUUCAUGCUUGAAAGGACUGUGUGUGAUGUCUGCGCUUGCUUGUAUCCUACACCAUCAACAUUGUUUUUAAUACAUAUCUAUAAAUAUAUAUAUAGAACAUAUAUAUAUAUGUGUGGAAGGAGUGGGUGCAGUUUUCUUAACCAGGAGGCAAAGAUUCUUUGAGUUUUAGCUUUGAACAGAGGAAAAAAGCCGUGACAUUGCAGUAGAUUUCUCAGUGCCUUUUCUUAGAAACUUCACCUAAGCACACUUAUGGGAAAAAAAUAAACAAAAAACAGAAAACAACCCAAAACAAAAGAGUCUCCUGUGAAAUCCACAUUUUUCUGAAAGGUUUGAGAGUCAAUAAAGGUAGAAGAAAGGAGAAAAAAAAAAAAAAAGAGAGAGAGAGAGAGAGGAAAACAAAAGCCGUGGAACGCACAUUCCCUUCCUGAACAUGCCGUGUGUCAAAUGCCGGGGAAUAUCCGCCUGUGCGAGUCACGCAGAAACACAUCCGAGGCCGUCGGUUUCUUUGGCAACUAUGGCUGUGAUAAACUGUAGCCUUUUCUUCCCUUGCAGCUAAUAAGAUACACAUUUCUAAGGAAAACAGUUAUUCUCUUCUGUAAAACUGUAAUGUAUUGUUAAUAUUUGUACCUAUUGUAUAUUUAUGUCUUGACAGAAUUAUGACCGGUACAGUUUAUAGUAAAUAGCAAGGGUAUGUAAAACUCAUUGCAAAGACAAGGUUUCUAAAGCCACGUUCUCUCUCUGUUGGUAAGCUCCACAUAACGUGAUCUCCACUAGUUUUCAACACCUCAUUUUAAAGUGAAUUAUAAAAUUACUGAAUAACGUAGUUGAGCGAUGGAGAACCAUGUGGCACCAGUGCCCUCCUGCACAGCCCAGCCAGGAACGACAUGGGGAGUUGGGCUUCCCCGGUCACUCCAAAUUAGCUCCAACCCCUUCAUGUUUGGUCAGUCAUUUCUGCUUACAGUAAUCAGACUGAACUGGUGUUACCUUGGGUUGCUUUUGGAUCACCCAUCUGGGGAGAAUAUGGCUUUAAAUAGUUCUUGAAUAAAGUACAGAAGUUCUAGUUACCUCUGUACCUCCUGCUUGCCAUUGUGUUGGCUUUAUAAGUAUCUGAUGUAUGGAAAAGUCAUGUGACUUUCAUGCAUUCCAGAGUAGUCUAUUUUUCUGUUCAGAUUUAAAAAAGAAAAAAAAUUAUAUAUAUAUAUAAAAAUAUAAAUAUAUAUCUGUAUUUUUAGCAAAUUUAUAAUAGGGCAAUCAAGUCAGAUUUCUUCUUUUUGUAUUACAGAAUAAUAUAUUAGAUGCUUUCUUGAUGUUCAUUUACACAGCUGAUCCCCCAACCUUUUUUUGUUGUCAUUAUUCUCUUCUGUUCUGAUCAACACCUGCUACAUCCCUCCUGGAAAUGUGUCUGCGAAAGGUCACGGAGUUUGUCUGAUGUUGUCAUGUUUUUGUAUUUUCCUGUUUGUGGUACUUAAAACUAACCAGGGACUGCCUAUGGAAACUGAGAUGUUCCUUCUGAGAAACACAGAGCGGGCCAGACCCUGCCCUCGGUGAUGGCAGGGGAGGUGCCAGCCAGCACCACUGGCUGCAGUGUUCUUCCAGAUUCACACUGAUUAAGCUGAGAACAUAAAGAAGAGACAGGAUAUGAAUCUGACUGUCCUAAUAAUUACGAUGGAGUUUGGGAUAAGCAUCAAAAGUCAGGCUCUUAUUUUAAGGCAGUGACCUGACAAUGCUCAGGCAACGCUCUCACCUUCAGGGGAUGUUUUUCCUGGGUUAAAACAGAAGUGUCAAGACUUUUAUUUCCCACUGGCCUUUGGAAUUUUUAUUUUUGGUCUCAGAGAAAAUCAGGAGAUGAGAAAAAAUUAUGGAUGAAUGAGAAACCUGAAUAUAAACAUUCAGAAAGGGACCAGAUUUUCAUUUAGUUAUGGUCAAGUUUGUCCAUGUACCUGCUUACUUAAUGAUCCUCCUUGCUCCCUUUACAGCUGUACCCUGGCAGAAACUGAAUAAAAAGUCCAUGAGAUAAAUGUGCAUCCUGAAGCUAUCUCAUGGCCUGGUGAAGUUUAACAUGAUGAAGAGCUUCAGACCUGCUCUGUAGCUCUACACAGACAUCUCCUUUUGAAUGCACCCACUAGUCUGGUUAGUGACCAUGUUUUUGCCAAAGAUGGAGUUUUGGUUCCGUUUCCUUUUGUUUGCUUGUGUGAUUUUCCUUACACGUCCACCACGGCAGCCAAUAAACCUGAAACAUAUUUAAUUUGGGAAAAAGUGUGUUUCAGAAAGUCCAGAUACCACUCAAAUCAACAGAAUAACCAGUAGACCCAAUUUUGCAUGUUAUUAAUUAUCAGCAAGGCCUGUUCACACAUGAAAUAAAGGUGGGUAGGAUUUUUCUGUUCUGGGAAGCAAUUAAUGCAAUAGCCCCCCCACAUCUAUCAUCAACAAUCACGUAAAAGGUCCCUUCGAAAGGCACCUUCCAUGUCAGCAAGUUUGUUUGAGCACAGUCAACAAAACCAUAGAAAGCUUCCAGUCACACCAGUCUUAACUUCAACCUCCCACACCAGGACAGGAACACCCCAAAUACCAACCAGCCCUCUGAAGAAGAGAUGUUUCUUUUCCAGCAUGUGUCUCAUACCCCGUGCUGAUCACAUUUAGGCUCUUGCACUGAAACUUUGUCUUGGCCAGACAAAGGAAACCUUAGGAAAGCUGAAAGUCUGCAUCCAGGGUGUGUAUCCCCUUUGUUGCUGGUGUUACCUAAGCCACAAUAAGUGUCCUUUGACACCAAUGGUUGGGUGCCACAAGUGUUCGUAUCUGUAAAUAUUACUCAGAAUUUUGCUUUGCUUGAUUCUGGCUUCAUCGCACAAGGAAUUUUCAGUCUAGAGGCUUAGAAGAGAAAGCAAAAGCUUCCUUUUUCUUUUUAACUAGAAAUAAUACUAUUGAUGCUCUGUAGGACUGAACAAGGAUUAACCUUUGUUUUUAAAGGGGUCUUUUCAAGACUACAGUGAGACUUCCUUCAGAAAUUAAUAAUCAGGUUGGACUCAGUACAAAGACCCCUCCAAACCAGAGCUUCAUGGAAACCAGGGAGCCAAAUUUGCAUGAAAUGCCAAAUUCUUUGCUGCUGUAAGUAAAAGCCCAUUUAGACCAGUAAAGAAUUUGGACCCAUAUCUCUAAAAACUAAUGGAAAACUAAUAGCUUUGUAUGACCUCAGGGCUGGAGGUGUCUGCCCCCGGUACCUCCAAGGAAACCAAUGGGGUGAGAGAGUGGGAAACCGAGGCAGGUCAGUGAAAGCCUGGGAAAGGAGCAAAUCCUUCUGUCAAGAGGAUGACAAACAUGUCUUUCCAAACUUGACUGAGCAUCCGUCCACGUCAGCUCGCUCGUUGUGGACUUGAUGCCACAGGUGGCAUCCCAAAUUCACAGGUGACUGUCCCUACAGCAGGACCACAACCCCAGCCCCACAGUUCAGUGCUCUCAGCCCUUGGUCCAGGGGCUUUCUGAUGCUGGGAGGACACUGCUAGCACAUGGGCCAAUGGUUACCUUGGAUUGUGGCACAACCUCUGGGCCUGUUGGUAACCAACAUUUGAGGCAAUUCACCCAUCUCUCUAUUUCAUUCAGGAGCUCUGCCCUUUUAUGACUGUCCUUCCUGUGACGUUUCACUGCCUCCACGUACCAUUAGCCACGUACCAUUGGCUCCUGCAACCCCUGUGAUUCAUUUUGUUUAUGUCACUUCUGUUGGCUUGUGACAAAGAAGAACAUUUUUCCCCCUUUCUCUGGCUUUUUGGUGGUGGGUGUAGAAAAUUGCUUUUGCAUUGAACCAUUCCCCACUGGUGUGCUUUGGGGGGGUGGGGGAGCGGCAUCUCCAUGUUACUUUGAAUUUUGAAGCCAUGGUACUCUACUCAGAAAGGCCAGCCACAGCUACCAACCAAACUCGCUUUCCAACUAGAUUAGCAUUAAAAAAAUACACCCCAACUUCCUGCAGCAGAAUCCUGCACUCUGAUCAGCCAAGGGAAGCAGUUCCUGAAAGGAGAGAAAACAUCAGAGGGGCACUGUUACAAGUGCUGAUUAACAACGACUCCAUGCCCAGAGGAGGACCCAGGGCUGUGUUGCAUAUUGGGGCUGCUCCACAUUUCCCAGGGCUGGGAGCAGCCUUGGGCCCUCCUUUUCCAAAAGCCCAGGGCAGCUGCUGGACCUGCAGGGCCCCCAAGCCCAGACAGGGACUUCCCAGUGACACCUCCAAAGGGCAGAAGCUCAGCAUCCCUAGUCACUGAAGGAUAGGAAAGCUGUGGGGUUCCCUUUAAAAGAAAAAUGUGAUUUUUAACAACAAAUAAAAACUGGAAAAUGUUUUUCCUGUGCCUCUGCUGGUACAUGUAGAUGGAAUUGCUUUUGUGGCUGGAAAUUGAAAGCGACUGACCCAGAAAGGGCAGACUGGGACCGGUUUCUCCCUUUACUUUACACUUUGGUUAUUUUAUACCCUGUGCAAUGGGGAAGCAAUGGGGAACCCAGGUCAGUGUGUCUGUAAGGAAGGGCAGUGCUCUUGCCUGACAGCCCAGCAGAUCCUGCACCUCUUGCACAGUCCCUUCAUUGGGUUCUAUUGGACCCACCCAAGGGGCAAUGGGCCAGCAGAUGUUUUCUCCCCUUUUGAGAAAUGUUUCCCUGCCCUGGCACUUUGGGGUGAUUACAGCAACAUUAGCCAUAUACUAGUGUACUUAGAGUCUUACAUUUUUUGUAACUUUGAUUUAGUCAUUCUUUGUUGAAGUUUAUUGACCUCUCCGGUUGUUUCCGUAAACAAAUUAUUUAAAAAAAAAAUAAAAAUCCGUGUCUUUAUAUGCAUGUAGUAGUAUGAAACUGUGAUCAAUGUGUGACAUUCAGAAACUGUACUGUCUUGUAAAAUAUGUCCAAAUGUCUAAGGGUUUUAAAGCAAUGGUCCCUUACUACAGCCUACAGAAAUAAAUAAAAAGGUAUGGAUAAACCCAAA